UAUCCCCUGUGCUGGUCUUCGGGGCAGGAGUACAGUGGACCUGUCCUUGUUGUAGUGUCCCGUUGACUGAUAAUCAUGUCUGCUCUGUUCUGUUUAGCUUUAUUGGCUCUCUCCUCCCUGGCAGCCGCAUCUGACCCAGGCUGUGGAGAGCUGCUGAAACCUCUGGAGGUUCGAAGUCAGAUUUCUGGGAAAUGGAUUUUUCACGCUGGAACGUCCGACAAUGAAAAGUCCAUGAAGGAUCUGAAAACCAUGGAAAGCUCCUGGAUUGAACUCUCCCCCCUACCUGAGAGUGACGACAUGACCCUGAGCUGGGGAGACAAAGUUAAGGAUGGGAAAUGCUAUUAUGGAAGUGUCAAUUCCACCUUAGCUGGAAACGCCACCAGAGUGACAUAUAGCUAUAACUUCUCCGGCCAUGAGCAUGUCGGCAAGAACUUGAUGACCUGCGCCGAGUGCCUCCUGUGGACGGACAACUCAGAGGCCGCGGAGAACGGUGAAACCAGACACAGCCGAAACCUCUACAUCUUCACAAAGUCUGGGCAGUUGGACGACUCUGAUCUGGAGGUUUUCAGGAAGCAGGCCGCGUGCCUCAACUUCCCGGCGGAGUUCCACUUUGGAAAACUUACAGACCUGUGUCCUGCGGAGAAGGAGGCUGCCGCAGACGUAGAGGAAGAACAACAAUAGAGCAAGAUGGAUGUUGAUGGGACUGUGGUCAGCGUGAACCUAAAAUCCAUCUUGAGCAUCCGUUAGAUAUUCGUGCGCCACUUGUCUGUAUCACAGAUGUCUUACUGGAUGUGACGCGUCUAUUUACAGUAUAUCUAAAUCUAGCAUGUGUGUGUUAACAAUGAAAAGAACUGAUGUAUAAUGUUCAAUUCAUAAAUCAUGCCGCAAAUAAAGCUGAACAAACCAUG